CGUAGCAACCUCACACUGAUGCGGGUGUGGAGUCUGCUGUACGCAGUCUCGCUGCUUGUGUCGAGCAUGGCAUCCUGCUUUAUAGCAGCUGGAAUCCACCGCCACGCAGAGCUGCACAAAUCCGCAGUGCACUUCAUCAUAUUCUAUUUCUUCUUCUACUCGUGGCUAUGGUCGUUCUUCCGCGGCGUCUUCUUUCUGGAUGCGUUCCUCUCCGGCCCAUUAAUCGACUCGAAUUCUGGUAUCGAUGCAAAUUAUGACGACGUUUUGGGCCUGUUAGGAGUGGCGCAGUCGUCCGAAAUGACGUCGCCAUUGCUCUCAUGCACCACUGUACUGGGGGACACGGCGCUGCUCGCGUGCUCGCUUUGGAUGCUGCCGAUGACCGCCGAGCUCUCAAGACUCGCUCACAAGAACAUGGACCGAGGUCCCAGAGGAGAACACGAAAUUGCGAGAUUGUUCAGCAAGUGGAUCCACAUUCUCAUCGUGCUGUUUUUGGUCUGCGAAUCGGGAUACACCAUCUACAACAAGGGCUUCAACCACAGAUCGUAUCGAAUCCUCAUAAGCGGCAACAUGCUGCAGGCCAUCACGCUGGUGUACGUAAUCUAUGCUCUCAUCAGUCUUAAAAUUGCUGGUCGCAACUACGAGAGCAUUGGUGGAUCUAUCGUGCUGUCACCGCUCUACAAACGCAUCAAAGGCAUCAUGAUUGUGUACAUGGCGUUCUCGUUCCAGUACCAGGUCGUCUCAUUGAUAUUGUUGUACAGCCACUUCGAAGUACACAUGCCGACUGUGUUUAUCGGUGUAAGCACGUUGUUGUUCCAUAACUCCGGUACCGCGCUGUCCAUUGUAAUGGGGUUCAGCCAGGAGUGUUUCUUCAGGUCUUUCCGUCACUAUGUACCGAACGAAUAUGUGGAGGCCUUCUACAUGUCUGACCCGGGACUUGCAAUGGCGAACGCUGCUGCUGGUUACAGUCCACCACUGGAUAACCCAGUCUUCGUGUUCACGGAUAUCGAGUCGUCUACUAAGCUUUGGGGUUUCGAGGAUGGUUCCAUCAUGCGUCGCGCGAAUGAGAUACAUGAGGAUAUUAUUCGCGGGUCACUCGCACAAUUCCGCGGCUACGAAAUCACCACUGCUGGCGAUGCUUUUCAACUCGCCUUCUUCACUAUUAAGGAAGCCGUUGAAUAUUGCAUUCAGGUACAGAUGAAGUUGCUCGGUGCUCAGUGGCCGAAAAAGCUGCAUAACCUCGUUCCAUCCACUGCUCGAAAGAAAACAAAGACAAAUCGACUUGUGUUCAGCGGUCUACGGAUUCGAAUGGGAAUCCAUGACGCGCAGGAAUCGGAAGGUGCAUUGGUGAAGGAUACUCACUCGGUAACGGGGAAAAUCACGUAUACGGGGUUGUCUGAAGUCAUCGCAAGUGAAAUCGGUGAUGUCGGAGCAGGAGGACAGAUUUGCGUGACGCAUCGAGUAGCCGAAUGGCUAUCAAGUAAUUGUUCUUCAAUUAGCAACGGAUUUCAGGUUGAUCACAUGGGAGAACACCCGAUACCUCAGCUGAAUAUGACGGUGGAGGUCUUUCAGAUAACUCCACACGAACUAGAAGCGCGCAAAAAGGAUUUCGACAGGCGCUGGGCCUCCAGACUCGAAAGCUGUUAAGGAAAUGAUAUACGGAAUUGGACUACAACCUGAAAGUAAAUAUUCGCAACACACUGAAGCACCAUGUUCAUGUCAGCAUGCUGACGAUACGCGAGUCAGCUGCAAACCAUUUGCUUUAAGAAAUGCUAUUACCUCAUCAGCCGAUGGCAAGCUAGGCAGCGCACCAUCUCGUUGCACACACAAGGCACUAGCAACAGAAGCUCGAACCAUGCAAUCCUGCAUGGCACGCCCUUCAGCGAGUGCAACCGCAAAAGCACCACGAUAGCAGUCACCCGCUCCAGUUGUAUCCACCACAUUGUCAACUUUAAAUGCACUUUGACGUAGCACCUCCGAGCCGUCAGCAGGGACAAACACGGAUCCGAGCGAUCCGAGCGUCACCAACACGUCCUUUGCGCCUUGUUCCUGUAGGAAUCGGGCGGCUGCAACUGCGUCGUCAAUACUAUCCACCUCACGCUUCGUCAGGCGAGCAAGUUCCGUUUCGUUCGGGCACACGAACGUAAGCAGUGGAAGAAUAUCGGCCGGAAUGGGGUAGUCGUCACCUCCGGUGUCCCACAUUACAGGUACACUGGUUUCAGCAGCAGCUUUCGCAACGAGUGCAUUAACUCGAACAGGAAUUUCACAUUGGACUAGCACAAUGGCUGCAGUCUUGACGGCAUCGAUCAAUGAGGCUGGGAGCUCCUCUGGCCAAGCCGAGUUUGCCCCACUUACGAUCACGAUUGAGUUGUCUCCAUCAGGAUAGACGAACACAAACGCAAGACCUGAGGAGCAUUUUGCUUGCGUACACAGUGUCGUGUCCACUCCGACGGAUUCCAGCGUAUCCUUGAUCAUUUUGCCGUGGUUGUCAUUGCCAAAUUGACAAGCCAUUUUAGCUACCAGGGUCGGGUGACUUGGCCCAAUAAGCUUGGCAAUAGUAGCAGCUUGGUUGUUGCCUUUGCCUCCUGGGUAAACAUUGCCCGUAUCGGGCUUGCUGGCAGACAGAGUCUCGCCACGAGUUGGCAUACGGUCAACUGCUACCACGAUAUCUGCUCCUACAGAGCCGACGACGAGGAUAUGGCGGCGAAUCUGCGUCAUGUCUGAAAUAUGUUUUGAUCGGGGCUUGAGAAGUGAUUUGCUUAGUUAGCUGGAACUUGGUAAUCUUGGAAUGAGGAGAAGGAUAAAUUUUAUCCCAUGUGCUUCAACGAGGUCUAGCAGCGGCACGAUUUCAAACUUCAAUCACGCUUCACAUGCAUCAGGGCACUGGUAUGACUUCAGCGGCUUGCACAGAAUGUGGCGCGGCUUUAGCGACGA